AUGCCAAAUGCGCCUCAGCGUGUUUAUUGGCUGCGCUUUUCAGCCUUCCGGGGAGGGGAUGGAUUAAUAAUUCACUCCGGUGACGGCUUCAAGGCUAUUUUUGCGGGUGAACAAGUUGAUGGCCCUCGAGAGCUGCUUGUUGCCACUCAGUCUGCCAACGACGCACGCUCUUUGACGCAUCAUAGCAUGUGUUCGUCGGUCUUCAAACUUCAGACACCCCUGGAAGUCAACGAGUUUGAGCCUGAGACAUACAAGACCUCGUGCUAUUGGUCUAAUAUGGGAUCUGGAAGCUUCCGGUGGCUACAUAAGCCAAUCGCUCCUGUCACUGAGGCUCCCUGA